AUGUCACACUGGUCAAAUGGUCAAGGCCCUCCGUCGACUUAUGACAACGAUGGACACGCCCGUUCUGUAGCACCCACCUCUCAUUCACGCCAUGCGUCAAACACUUCUUCUGCUUACCCAGGGUCAACGACGACUUCUCCCGCUUCACAGAGACAUGGACCAGAGCUUCUACCCCCGAGGGGACUUGAACUUCCUCCUCUUGUGAGAACACCUGUGUCUCCUUCGGUACCUCGUUCGGUGACUUUACCCUCGGUUCUCAACCCUGUCACUGAUGACCAAGCUACGUCUAACCAACGGAGAAGGAAGGCAGAUGAGAUUGAUUCACCUCGCGAUCGUGCUCCCAUACUGCCUCCAUUAGGUCCCACGUCACACGGACCGGCUUCGUUGUCCAGGACUGGAAGCAACACUCCGCUGCCUCUCUUGACCGAGCCGCUGAACAACGCACCAAGGAGAAUGCUAACGCCGAAGUCUCCCCUUCGAAGAGCUAUCAGCCUGUCUCACCUCAAUCCUUCCAACGGGAUGAUGGAUGCUCAGCAGAACCCCUUCCCUGUAUCUCCUCGAUCUAGGCCAUACUCAAUCCAACCUGGCACGAGCGGCGCUCCGCCUCUACCUGCUCCUCCUGCCAUCAGCUACGCUCACCCAGGCUUCAUUCAGACGAACCACCUUGCGAGAACAGCCAGUCCUGAGUCUGGUUCGGCUCAGCGCUACAGUGCCAGUCCCAGUCCUGACUACUCGGCUUACGACCAAACCUCACCUCCUGGAGACGCUCAUAUGCCAGGCUACCUCUCGGUAUCCGACGCUCAUAGAGGAAGAGGAUUGAGCAUGACCCCUGGCACUUCGGCUCCUCAUGUCUCUGAUUCGUACCACGUCGCUCUAAACUCCGGCCCCGGUCAAAACUCACUUCAAAUGAUGACUCUCAAGACCACCGAAGGGGACGUGCGCUUCCCCGUUGAGGUUCAGCAAGCUUCUCGCGUGGCAGAUGAGAAGAGACGUCGCAACGCUGGUGCAAGUGCAAGGUUCCGCGAGCGUCGCAAGAGAAAGGAGAUGGAAGCCUCUCAGACCAUCUCUAGACUUGAACAACAAGUCAAAGAGAUGACUGAGGAUGCAGACUUCUACAGGCAUGACAGAGAUAUGCUCGCCUCGAUCUUGUCGCAAAUUCCAGGAGGCCGCGACCAUCUUCCUCGACCCCAAUCACCUAGGACCAAGAGGAACGGAAGCUUGCCCACCCACAAGAGUCAGGAACAGUAUCUCGAUGGUCAGGGAAACAGCCCCGAGCCGAUUAGAAACGUCCGCAAGCGUGGCGACUCGCCCAUUCCUCAGACAUAUGUGCAUGCGCCCAUGCAGAGUCAUGCACCUCCGCCACCGCCUCCGGCAAACACUAUGAUGCCUCAGCACCAGAUGCAAGCUCACCAGCAUACCCAAAUGCCGCUUCACUCGGUCCAUGCUUCGCCUUUGCCUCCAUCUUCAAUGGCUCAUGCCGCAAUGUCAGCGUCGAACCUUUCGCACCAACCGCCUCCAUCUAUCAUGCAGGCCCCACCAAUGACUGGUCCUAUCAACCCUUUUGCACGCCAUGAGCCGAACAACCGAUUCCACAUGUCGGCUCACAGUCGUUGA